GUUGUACCCAAUACCAAUAGUCGCCACUCUUGAAAACCAGGGUCAACUACGGUCAACGAUGUAAAAUGAAAAAUCACUAUCUUCAAAAAUGUAAAAAUUAUUAUUAUCUUAGUACUAAGUACUAUUUUAUUUUGAGCCCUCGAUAAGAUAAUAAUUAUGUUACUUUGCUCUGUUGAGUUGUAUAUCUUACCCCAUUGGUAAGAUGAGGUUUAUAAUAAUUUUCAGAACUCUCUACUACUCGUUAUUUACACAUUAUAUUCAACUCCCGUUACUAUUAUUUUUCCAAUUCGAAUACGGUUUUAUAAAUAACAAUUUUUUUUAUAAUCGAAGCAAGUAUUAAUGUUUUCACAGGAAAGAUUAAGGAAAUAACAUUUCUUUAUAUUAUAUAUAAUUAAUCAUCCAAUUAUUAUCUCGGUCGUUUAUUGUCUUAUAGGCGAAAUUCACCGUAGGUACAAGUCCUUUACUUGUACGUCACAUACUCAAAGACGAAAUAUGUCAAGUUACCCAUAACCGUAUUACACAUAAUAUAUUAUCUAAUAUAUGCUACGUUCCAAAACCAAAUUCAAACUCGAUUAUCCCUCUCUUCGUCUACACGUACAGCGUUAGUACUCGGAGUUAAACUCGAAUCACAACAUUAUACUGGAAUAAUAUUACGGUAUAAUAUAAUACAAUCAUAAUAUUGUCGGUGCAGGAGUAUACGUCACGGGCAUGCAAACGUUGUUGGGGAUACGCCAGCAGAAUAAUAUAGACCUAUGGUGCAUAAUCGAUUUGUACGAUUUCAAACUUAACUUAUGUAAGUGUGUGUGUGACAUUUGCUGUCGUCCCGCACUUGUAAACCUUAGUCGUUGUCGUUGCUUUGCCUAAUAAUGAUUAGCUGCAUUGUAUGCUUGUACCUCUUUGUUAUAAUAUUGUACGACCCGAGUAAUGUGUAAGACCUCAAUAACGUUAAUGUACACUAAUGAAUUCACGGUUUGUUUGUUAUUUAUUUUUUUCAGUUGUCGUAUUGGUAAUUAACGUAUCGCUGUCCCGGCAGGAGUGCUUUCCUCCGCGGUCGAUCUACUGUUACGAAUGCGACAGCGCCAAGGAUCCAAGAUGCAAAGACCCGUUCAACUACACAGCAAUGCCUCAAGAUCAACCGCCGUUGGUUAGCUGUAACGGGUGCUGUGUGAAAAUGGUGCGGUUUGUAAAAACAUCGUAUGAAAGUAUCAAGAGAACGUGCACGUCUCAGCUGCAAAUCAAUUUGUUCAUGGUGGAUCACGUUUGCAUGAUGGAGGGUACGGGCACAGGUCAUAUGUGUUUCUGCGAGGAAGACAACUGUAACAAGGCGGGCAGAAUUGAUCAAUCGUGGGCCGUACAAAUACUAUUCCUAACCAUAUCGUAUCUGGUCUACGUAUAUGUACACUGACCGACAUGUCUUGUACAUUAUUAUUACUAUAAAUACUACAGGAUCAAAUAAUCCUUUAUUAUUGUCAUUACUUGUUUACAAUUACACGACAUAUAAUUAUGAUAUUCGCUAA